CUCCGUUUUUAUUCGUCUGGGAAAACAAAAAAUAAAUUCGAUCCCCAAAACCAAAAUUUGCUAAUAAUAAAAAUUCCAAAUCUUCUUCUUCUCCGACGCGAUGGAGUCUCGACGGAACCCUCGCGCCGUAGUGGAUCCAAAGGUCCGACAAGUCGGUUUCUUCACAUCAUCUCAACCCGAUUCAUCAUCUACUCAACAACAACCCGACCCGAUCUCCUCCACCUCCGCUUCUUCUCCACCACUUUCCACCAUUUCUCCUUCCGGUAACUCACUCUCCCCCGUCAUGAUUCCUCCUCCUCUUCACAAUUCCUCUGAUACUUUCCCUCUCCGCGCCGCCGCCGCUGGUGCUGCUGCGUCAGCCGUAUCUCCUUCUUCGUUUUCUUACUCCAGUCGCCGUGAUUUCCCUGACGGAUCAACGACGGCAUCUCCUGGACGCCAUUCCAGGGGUAGUUUUGUAAAAUCUUCUGUUCCUGUUGCUUCUUCGCUUCCUGGUAUUGGGAUGGAUUCUAUGGCUGCGGCUAAAUCUAGUAGUGUUCCUGCUAGUGGAUUAACCACUGUCUCUGUUGUUACCAUGCCUCCAGGACUUUCAGAGAAGGCUAGUGGAAUGGAGGUGCAGAGUGACCAGAAGAAACCAUUGAAAGAGAAAACCACAAAAGCUGAGAGACGAGCUAUUCAAGAAGCUCAAAGAGCUGCUAAAGCUGCUGCAAAAGCUGAUGGUGGGAAGGUGGCACCAGUGAACGCAGCCUCGGUGGCUUCAACAAGUGUUAAAGCUGCUAAACCUGGGAAGGCUACAUCUCAGAAGAACGAUGUUGCUGUUGCUGCUGGCGCAGCUGAGAAGAAGGGAGGUCCAUCUGAGAAAGAUAGAAAGAAAGAUGCUCCUCAUCCCCGUAUGCAGUAUGAUGAUGAGAGUAGAGUCGUGAAAGCCAAAAGACGUGCUGUUGUGAAACAGACCGAGGCUAAAAACAGGGUUGAGCUAUUUAGGCAUUUGCCUCAGUAUGAGCAUGGCACUCAACUUCCUGAUCUCGAGACUAAGUUCUUCCAACUUGACCCUAUGCAUCCUGCUGUGUACAAGGUUGGUCUUCAAUAUCUUUCUGGGGAUAUCUCUGGUGGCAAUGCCAGGUGUAUUGCGAUGCUCCAAGCAUUCCAAGAGGUUGUCAAAGAUUAUUCGACACCGCCUGAGAAGUCUCUUAACAGGGACAUGACUGCGAAAAUAAGUAGCUAUGUCUCUUUCCUCAUAGAAUGCCGUCCGCUUUCGAUUAGCAUGGGAAACGCAAUCCGAUUUGUGAAAAAUAGGAUUGCAAAGCUGCCUAUAACACUUUCUGAAUCUGAAGCAAAAGCUGCUCUUCAGUCAGAUAUUGAACGGUUCAUUAACGAUAAGAUCAUAGGGGCAGAUACGGUGAUAGUCAAACAUGCUGUUACUAAAAUCAGAGACGGUGAUGUCCUUCUGACCUAUGGAUCUCCCACGGCUGUUGAGAUGGUAUUAUUACAUGCACAUGAACUCAGGAAAAAGUUUCGUGUCUUGGUGGUGGAUUCUCGUCCAAAGCUUGAAGGGCAGCUACUGCUUCGUAGAUUGAUCAAACGAGGCAUUAACUGUACAUACACUCAUAUAAAUGCCAUUUCAUAUAUCAUGCACGAAGUCACCAAAGUGUUUUUGGGCGCCUCAUCAGUUUUGUCUAACGGAACAGUUUACUCAAGGGUUGGGACUGCUUGUGUUGCAAUGGUUGCAAAUGCAUUCCGUGUUCCUGUGCUUGUAUGUUGCGAAGCCUACAAGUUCCAUGAGAGGGUGCAAUUGGAUUCAAUAUGCUCCAAUGAACUCGGUGAUCCAAAUGCUAUUUCAAAAGUUCAUGGAAGAGAAGACAUAAACUACUUAGAUGGCUUGACCAACAACGCAAACCUGCAGUUUUUGAACUUGAUGUAUGAUGCUACACCUUCAGAUUACAUUUCCAUGAUAAUCACAGAUUAUGGCAUGGUACCUCCCACAAGCGUGCCUGUCAUCGUGAGAGAAUAUCAGAAAGAACACUUGCUUGUCUAAGCAAAGCUCAUUUUUGCGAAAGCUCUUCUUCUCCAACCCCUUCCUCUAGCUCAGGCUCUUCUCGUCACAACCCGCAUAGAAUAACUACCGGCACUGCCUCCCUCAUUCGCUUCUUUUCCUGAGUACCGGAUUCAUUUUUUUU